GUGCGCAGACAUCAGAGCGCAGAAAAACGGUUUCGCAUGACACAUCUGUUUUCUCUGUAGUUGCCUCCUUAAUCAGAACCAAUUCACCUCUAAGGAUUUUCGGAAACCCUGUUGUACUUUUAGAAAUAGUCAAUAUCGGCUCGGUUGGUAGAGCGAUCUCAUCGUCUAAAGCAGAAGGCAGAACAGAAUGAACAACAGAGAUCGCUGGAGAGUGUACAAGAGGGUGUGUGCCAUGUUCUUCCUGGCUGUGGUGGCGCUCACCGUUGUCCAGAGGGGCAGCAUCAACAUGGGGACUCCAUUUGAGUUGGAGCGCAUGGCUCGUAUGCACGCUUCCCAGGCAGAUGGACCCAGAAACCCUCCACAGGAGGGACCUGGCUUGCACCUGGGGUUAAAGAGCUUCUGGAAGGCUGGCAGGCAGAAGCCAAAGGCCAAAGUCCGAGGUACCACACAGGAGCCCGGAGUUACCGACAACACCAGCCCCGGUAACUGGGACGUGACCAGCUCCAACUGCAGUGCCAACCUCAACCUGUCAAGCCAGGCUUGGUUCAGGGCGCUUGAGGACAACUUCAAGCAGUUCAUGCUUUAUCGCCACUGCCAUUUUUUCCCCAUGAUUCUCAACCACCCAGAGAAGUGCACAGGGGAGAUUUAUUUGCUCAUGGUGAUUAAAUCGGUGGCCACUCAGCAUGACCGAAGAGAAGUCAUCCGAAAAACCUGGGGUAAGGAGCAGCUGGUCGACGGGAAGAGGAUAAAAACCUUGUUCCUGCUUGGUACGCCUUCAAAUGCUGAAGAAAGAGCUAAUCAUCAAAAACUUGUAGAGUAUGAGAACUAUAUCUAUGGAGAUCUUCUUCAGUGGGACUUCUUAGACAGUUUCUUCAAUCUGACACUUAAAGAGACUCAUUUUCUCAAGUGGUUUCACACCUACUGCCCCAGAGUACAGUAUGUCUUCAAGGGGGAUGAUGAUGUCUUUGUAAGUGUGGAGAACAUUUUGGAGUUUCUAGAAGGCAGCAGCCAUGACAAGAACCUGUUUGUAGGGGAUGUGAUUUUCAAGGCUAAGCCCAUUCGUAAGAAGGAAAACAAAUAUUACAUCCCUCAUGUUCUCUACAAUAAAACCUACUACCCUCCAUAUGCUGGAGGCGGGGGGUUUCUCAUGCAUGGGAUGCUUGCAAGGAGGCUUCACUGGGCUGCAGAGACCCUUGAGAUCUACCCCAUUGACGAUGUAUUCUUGGGUAUGUGCCUGGAAGCGCUGCAGGUCACUCCUGUAAAACACAAUGCCUUCAAGACAUUUGGCUUAGUGAAAAACAAAAACAGUAAAAUGAACCGGGAGCCCUGUUUCUUCAAAAACAUGAUAGUAGUGCACAAGCUCCUCCCGUCAGACCUCAUGCACAUGUGGCAUCUGGUCAACAGUGAACUGAACUGCUCGAAGAAAGUGGAACUCCUAUAGCUCCGGGAGAGUUAAAGACAAAACCCCGUAGCUGAACUUUACCACAGAGAUCACCAAAGAAAAUUUGCUGCCAAAUGCAGCGAGCAACAAAGCAAACUUCUAAGUAAACUCUUCUUUAUGACUCUUUGGAGAGUUGAAGAGCGUUUUUAAUUUGUCAAGUAAAUUGUUGCAAUUUUUAAGGGUUCAUAAAGAAUUGUGGGCUUAUAUGUAUGUACUGAGAACUCUGUUAGCGUUCAAAUUCAGAAACAGUAUCUAUCACAAUCACAUUUUCAUUCUGAUAAUAUGCAGCUGCAGGCUCUGCUGCAAAUGUUCAAAAAUGGUCUUACUGUGCCACAAGCAAUGCUACAUGACUUACUCCUCACCCUUUAUGUGGAACAACAGUUCUCCCACUGUCGUCUCUUUAGACUGUUGCUAAUUAUAAACUUAAGUUUCCAAAGCACACACUUUACUUUAACUUUGCUUUAAAGCAACUUUGUUCAAGAAAAAGUACAACUGCAUUAUGUAUAAGUAAAAGACCCAAGUGUCAUUUGAAAUCAAGGUUGCUUCUGCUCCAGCAUGCAGAUAGAUGUUCUAAACUGCCUCCUUUUGGGUAAUAGAAGCUAAAUGUUAGAGUUUCAGAUGAACAAACAACUGCACUAAAACAACAAAACAGCUUGUUAACUUGCGUUAAUCUAUAUAGCUAAUUGGCUUUCUUUCAAGAUAAAACAGUUAUGUGGUUAUAUGUUAUAAUACAGCUGGACUGGUUUAAUGUAAAGUAUUUAGUUUUUAUUCAGAGUUUUGUUUGAUUCAUUUAAACCAGGUCAAAUAAAACCCAAACAAUAUUCAUUUGAAAAGAAAAAACUAAAAACAAUUUUAUAAAAUUAAAUCAAUUUUAUCUGUAGUGGUGCGUUUGAUUUGUUAUGGAAAUUUCAUCACACUUGAGUGUUUUCUAGGGGCAAGUUAGAAAACUGGUAGAAAUUAUUAGGUGGAUUGGUGCUAACUAUUGCUAAUUAGCAUAAGACAAAUCUAUGCAUUUCUCUCCACUAAAAGUGUUCAAAUAAUAAAGGAAUUUGUUUAGAGAUAUGGAUUUUACAGCACUAAGUGAUCUGUUUGUGUCUCCUAAAACACGGUCUAAGUGGUUUAAGGAAAGACAAACUAUCAGAGUUGCUCAUAGAUUUUAUACUUGCAGCCUUGACAUACAUGUAUCUGUGCUGCAGCCAUAUUUGUCAUAGAACUCUGGAUUAUGCAGCUACUUCCAAAUUUUUUGAGUUGAAAUUAUGAUUUUUAAUGGGCACUCUUGUUUUUUUCCAACUGGAAACUCAGAAAAUCCAACUUCUGUGGACAAAGAUAGCACACCAUACAGGCAUACUUUGUGAUUUAUACUUAUAUCAGUCUUGUUAAAUGAAAACAGAUCAAACAUAAAAUAAAGAAAUAUGAAAGAAUAAAUUAUUUAACAAACCUAAGCUCAAAUAAAUAUGUUUACUUAAGUUAGUGUACUACAAGCCAAGGUUGUUUUUUUAGUUGUGCCUGAUUUAAAGCGAAAACAGUGCUUUGAAAUUGGCCACUUUUUCAAUUGUUAUGUUAUUUACCCUAAAUAAUACCUUAAUUGGAUAUAUAUAGCUGGAUUUACUUUGAAUAAAUGCAAUAUUUUGGAGAUAAUACUGAAAUACCUUUUAAAAAUUAAGUCAAAAUAUUUCAACAUUGCUGAGUGCCUUAUGUAUGCUAUUCUGAAACUUAGCAUACGGAAUUUUGAAAGAAAUCAGUUAAACUGGAUGAACUGUUAAAUUUGUUUUAAUUGGCUUUCAAAAAAGUAUUUGUAUGUGUUUGAUUUAGCAACAACUCGAAUAAAUUAUUUAGUGAAGAGUCAUUCAACACAUUUAUGUUGUCAGACCAUAUUUUUAGUUACAUCAUUCAAAUGUGUUAUAGAUGGGGUUUUUUUCAAUGCAUCAUACUGAGG